AACCCUAAGCCCAGGAAGGAGAGCAGAGCACCCCGACCACGCACGCGGCGGCCGGCGUCACUCCGUCAAUCUCCGUCUUGCCGGCGACCGCGACUCGCGUUGCCACUGCGGCCAUCGGGGGGCGUCUCCGUGGAUCCGGUUUGCGCCUGUACCAUCAAAUCAGGAUCAGGUUCAUCAUCAUGUCGCCGAGAGAUACGGGCUCGUCUUUCUUCCAUAAGGGCAAGGUGUGGCAUCCAGACAUGGGAUCUGCUGUGGUGUCAUCCAGCGGGUACCACCAGAUUGUGCUGGAUGGCUACUCGGACACCAAGCACACCCCAACUGGCAAGAGCAUCGAUUCAGUCCCCUUCACCAGCGGAGGAUACCGCUGGGUUCUCAAGUACUACCCCAACGGCUCUUGCCCGGAGACCGCCGAUUUUAUAUCCAUUCUCGUUUCCCUCGACCAGGAGAUCCUGCGGCCCAUGAAGGUGCUGCUCAAGUUUUCUUCCAAGCUUCAGUAUUUCUCAUUGAACCAGGUUGUUCCGACACCCCUUGCCGAAGCCCGAACGUCUGUCUUCUCUAGCGGUCGUAUGGUUCUGGGGUUUGACAAACUUAUCAAAAGAAUUGACUUUGAAAAGUCACGCCUCAUGGGAAAUAAUCAUAUCACCAUACAAUGUGACAUCAAUGUCGUCGCGGACACCAGCGUCCCCACACCGCUUCUUGAAGAGGUCCCACCAUCUGAUAUACGACAGCAUAUUGCUGAUCUCUUGUUGAGCAAGGAAGGUGCUGAUGUGACAUUCCAGGUUGGUGGUGAGAAGUUCACUGCCCACCGGUGCAUACUUGCUGCCCGAUCUGCUGUCUUCAAGGCGGAGCUCUUUGGCUCCAUGAAGGAGGGCGGCACUGCAUAUGUCAUACAGAUAAUUGACAUGGAAUCAAAAGUGUUUGGUGCCAUGCUUAGUUUCAUCUACACUGACUCGUUGCCCAAGAUGGAGACAUAUAGCAUGGACGAAGGAGAGGUGGAGGAAGGCAAAGGAGAAGAAUCAAUGUGGCUGCAAUCCUUGCUUGUCGCGGCAGAUAGAUAUGAUAUUCUGAGAAUGAAAUUGAUAUGCGAAAACAAGUUGCGGGAGUGCAUUGACGUGACCACGGUGUCUGGCAUUCUAACUCUAGCUGAGCAGCACAAUUGCCCUGGGCUGAAGGAGGCAUGCUUGGAGUUCCUCAAAAUUCCUACAAAUUUAGAGAAAGUAUUGAUGGCUGAUGGCCUGGACCAUAUAGUUCAAACCUGCCCCUCCCGUGUCAAGGAGCUCCUGUCCAAAUUUGCUUCCUAAGCUUCACUACAAUGAAAAUCAUCAUCAAUUUCCCAAGGAAUGAUUAUGAUGGCUUCUGGACCAAGUACUUCAUGAAUAUGCAUAUUUUAGGCAUGAUUAUCUGUGUGAUUGGUAUUCCCUUUUCUGUAAACUAUCAGCCGUGCUAUGUUAACUGUGGAGUAUCAAAUAUGCACUGUGAUUCAGUUAUAAGGUAUAAUUCUUCUUCUUUGGA